AUGACUACAGCAACUUCACCCCCUCCCUCGCAGCAGGCUGUUUCGUCCCCUAACCUUACGGUACUGCCUCCCCUCGUGACUGACACACCUGUCAAAAUGUCGAGUCGGCAACGAUCGUCGUCGCACGGGAAGGAUCGCCUCUCAACAUUUUCCAAUCUUUCUGUAGCCUCUCAAAGCCGGUCGCGGCCUGGAUCACAUGUCUUCCCUAUAUUUCAUUCCAGCUUGCCCUAUGCUCUGGUGCGGGAUUUUGCUUAUCCCACUAUCCAUCCUUUCCAUUACGGUCCGCUUCCACCUUCCGCGUCUGGGCUCUCAAGCCCUGUAAGCGAAAAUCGACGGUUAUCCGACCCUCCAGCAUCCUGGGACAGCUCGCGGGGUCAGUGGUCAACACAGCCUUGGGGCACUGAUACUGGUCAUGGACACCAGCAACUUCCAGCAAUGUCAUUUGGUGAUGGGCCGCCGUAUAGUGAAGAUGAAGAUCUGCACAGCCCUGUGUUUUCUGCACCACGUCAUCGCAGAAACAAAUCUACAGGGAGCGACCUGAACGGGGGAGGAGGCAAGAUUUCUGGCAGUAACCAUUAUACUCGUCAUAUGAGUAUUGCCGGGGAAUACGACCGUGGAAGGCUAGUCAGUAUGAAUGCGGACGGCAGUGAGACCUAUUAUGUGAACGAUGAUGACGACGCUGAUGAUGGGCCUGGGGGUGACCUUGUCACAUACCCGCCGGACGAGAGUCGAUUUACUUACCUUGGCUCUUAUACUGAUAAUCACGGUUACGGGCGACAGGAGGGGUUUGAUUCGGAGGAAGACUAUGCUGGGACGCACCGUUAUUCGCGCGAAUUUCAGUUUUCAGUUGGAUGUCCGGACGAGGAGAUGCACGGAAAAGCGGUAGCGCUUUUCGACUUCACAAGGGAGCACGAGAAUGAGCUUCCACUGACUGAGGGGCAGGUGAUAUUUGUCUCGUAUCGUCAUGGCCAAGGGUGGCUUGUCGCGGAAGAUCCGCGAACUGGAGAGAGUGGUUUGGUUCCCGAGGAGUUUGUUCGUUUAGUCCGCGACAUUGAAGGGGGCCUCACUUCCUUGAACGGGGAAGCUGAAGCUGAUGAUGAUGAUGAAUACCCUAGCCCAGACUCAACAGACUCCCAGCAAGAGAUCACGCCGACGUUUCAAUCGGCAGUUAAUGGAGAUCUUGGGAACCCCAAAAGUGGCAACGAAAAGGGAGAGAAUGUAGCUCCAUCAGAGCUGGGGCAGUUAUCUGGGGGUAAACAAUGA